AUGUCUCAGACAUGCUGUGAAGCUUCAAACAGACUAGGCACAAUCGGCACAAUAUACAAUGUUCGCUACCGACCGGAAGGGGAUCAAGAGGAGGAUUGGUUUGCCGAAAACAAACAAGAUGAAACACUAGAGGAAAUGGUAUUUGUUGAGAUUCGUGCAGAAAACGAGGAACGGAUAAAACUGGCCUGUCUUGCAAUUCGUGGACUCGUUGCUGACUCUCGCGAACCCAAAGUUACAAAGCAUCUGAAUGUCGAACCACAUGCCAUGGAAGCCAUUCUC